UUCUAUUUAGUGCUUUGAAGAGUGUUUAUGACCACACACAUUGAAUAUUUUCUUGAAUUCCUUUUUUAGGUGGUUUCGGGCGUUUACCUUUUUUAUAUGAUUUACAAACAAAUUAUAGCAUAAUUGAAAACAUUUUAUUUUACUAGUAAGUUAAUUUGUUGAUACUUGCCACGCAGCUCAAGAGCAAAUACCAAGAAACAAAAUGUCUAACGAAACUGGAAAAAAUUUUUCCAACCUGGAGACCCCUGGGUAUGUGGGGUUUGCCAACUUACCAAAUCAAGUACAUCGUAAGUCUGUAAAGAAAGGCUUUGAGUUUACACUGAUGGUUGUUGGAGAGAGCGGACUUGGGAAGUCUACACUUGUUAAUUCCUUAUUUUUGACUGAUCUGUACCCUGAGAGAGUUAUACCUGAUGCUAUUGAGAAAACAAAUCAAACUGUAAAGCUAGAUGCAUCUACAGUAGAAAUAGAAGAACGAGGUGUGAAACUCCGCUUAACUGUUGUAGACACACCUGGUUAUGGAGAUGCCAUUGAUAAUACUGACUCUUUCCGAUCUAUUAUACAAUAUAUUGACGAGCAAUUCGAGCGAUUCCUGCGAGAUGAGAGCGGCCUCAACCGGCGGAACAUCGUGGACAACCGCAUACACUGCUGCUUCUAUUUCAUUUCACCGUUUGGACAUGGGUUGAAACCUCUGGACAUUGAAUUUAUGAAACAACUCCAUAAUAAAGUGAACAUUGUUCCUGUGAUAGCGAAGGCCGAUUGUCUCACCAAGAAAGAGGUGCAGCGUUUGAAGACUAGAGUUAUGGAGGAAAUUGAGAGAGAAGGUAUCAAGAUUUAUCCACUGCCAGACUGUGACAGUGAUGAAGAUGAAGACUACAAGGAACAGGUACGUCAGCUGAAAGCGGCGGUGCCGUUCGCGGUGUGCGGCGCGGGCCAGCAGCUGGAGGUGCGCGGGCGGCGCGUGCGCGGACGACUGUACCCGUGGGGUGUGGUCGAGGUCGAGAACCCCGACCACUGCGACUUCAUCAAGCUGCGCACCAUGCUCAUAACUCACAUGCAAGACUUACAAGAAGUAACCCAGGAGGUGCACUACGAGAACUAUCGCUCCGAACGUCUCGCGCGCAACGGACAAGUUCCCAAACGGCACACUUCCACUGAAAGCGGCUUGAGCGAGGCGGAGUCCAACGGACUGGCAAACGGAUCAAGCGAGGACACCGCUGAACGAGCAUUACGAGAAAAGGAAGCCGAGUUGCGACGCAUGCAAGAGAUGCUGGAGCAGAUGCAGCGCCAGAUGAAACUGCAGGCCGCUAGCACCACCACAGCAUAGUGCACGCGAGACGCACAGUUGCAUGCUGGUACGACGAUAUAUCUUCCAAACGCCUGCGACGUCGUCAACGCGAUACUGCGCGUCAUACCCUACUGUGUUACAACCAAUUAACUCGAAUAUAAAUAUAGUAAGUAACUAACUGUAGUAACAUAUGGAAAACAUUUUAUAUAGGUAACAUAAUUGACGGCAAUGUAUUAUAUACAUACGUGGUUAACGAAGUAUCAGAAAUUAGAAGUAUAUUAAUGACUUUACUUGAUAUCGAUUCUAAGAAUGGACUAUGUAAUCGCGCAAACGUCUACGAUAUGCGGUAUGUGUACCCUAUUUGUUUAUGGUAAGGUUUAAAAUAUAAUACAUUCGUUUCAGACUACGUUCGGAUAUCCAAGAUGUUAUAAAAUAUAAGAAAAAAAAACAGUGCUUAGACACAAUUACCUGGAUUAUUGUUACUAUUAAAAACAGAAAAACAAAUACUAUAUAAAGUAAAGACAAAGCAUUAAAAUGGUGGCAACUCUGCAUUUUGAAUGUGCCGCUGGUGGCACCAGUGUGCAUAGAAAAUACGUAUGUCCCGUUCGUUCCCAUGUCGGGUUUAACAGGUGAUUUACCUAUAAUCUGUAAUGGAUGCGUAAUUCCAAGAAGUAUAUUAUUACGGCAAUGUAAAGAUUGUAACAUUGGAAGAAAAUAUUGUAUUCUGUAAAUUGGCCUAAUGAAUACACUUGAGACUGAAAAUGUGUGUUAUUGAUAUAACGAUAUAAUGCGAUGCUCGAAGUAUUGGAUGUAUCCAAAAAUAUUAAUUUUAAUAUGUAUUUUUUUUACUCUAUUAUAAUCAGAAACUGUUAAGAUUACGAUUUAGUGUGAGCGAGCAGGCGAUAAUAUUCAUUUUUCGUGAAUUUAUGAAUCCCUAGUUUACGAUAAUAUUGAUUUAUAAUUAUAGUUGUUAUAAGUAUUUGCAAUAUAUUUAACUUUAUUCUUUAUUUUAAAUGUUCUCAUGGUACUGAUAAAUUGAAUUUUCUCGCUCUACAACAGAAAUUGACGUAUACGUGAUAUGACUAUAUUGUAAAAACAAUAUAGUUAUAAUUUGUUUUACUACAGAUUUUUUUUUAUUUUUAAGGGACGUUUUAUUUUUUCUAUGAAUCUUGUGGUUUAAUAAUGUGAAACUUAAGUUUUUGUUUUGUUACUUCGUCUGCAUUUCUA